CCCCAAUGAUUACCCUCUAGACUACCGGUAUUGAUUGAUUGAUUGAUUGAUUGUUGUUCCUUGAGAAGCAUGCCCGCGCCUCGCAGCGACGACUCUCGAGGGGCCACGACGACGACAGCCUCCCACUCUAGCCUGACGCUGUCGCUAUUCGGGCUGCUGCUGGCACUCCGCAUCAUCAAUGCCCUGACGCUGCGCACCUUUUUCCAGCCCGACGAGUUCUUCCAGUCGCUCGAGCCUGCAUGGCAGCUAGCCUUUGGCGCCGAGACCAAGGCCUGGAUCACUUGGGAGUGGAAAAGCCAAUUGCGGUCCUCGCUGCAUCCAACCCUGUUUGCCCUCGUCUAUCUGCUGGCCGCAAAGCUGUCUUCCUUCUGUGGCUUGAGCCUGCCCUCCCAGGCCCAAGUGCUGAUUGCAGCCCCGAAAGUGACCCAGGCCGUCUUCGCAGCAUUGCUCGAUCUGUACACCUUCAAGCUUGCUGAGAAGGUCCAUGGCCGAGGCAGCCGCACGGCCUUGACUGCUCUUGCUUUGUCCAUCGCCAGCCCGUGGAACUGGUUCUGUUCCACCCGCACCCUGUCCAAUUGUCUUGAAACCACCCUAUCGUCCAUUGCCCUCUACCAUUGGCCUUGGCACUGGCCUCCCGCUGCACACAUCCUCAGCCCACUGUACCAGCUGCGGCUGUCGUUGCUGCUGGCAGCUUUCGCAUGCAUCCUCCGACCCACCAAUGCCCUCGUCUGGCUGGCUGUAUCUGUCCCAACCCUCUGGCAAUCCUCCACCCGGCUGCGCUAUGUGUUGGCCCGCGAGGCUUUUAUUUGCGGAUCCGCCGUCCUCGCCCUCUCGCUAUGCUGCGAUAGGCUCUACUACGGGGCAUGGACGUUCCCACCCCUCCGGUUCCUUUACUUCAACAUCGUCCAAUCCCUCGCCGUCUUCUACGGCAGGAACAGGCCAGAUUACUACCUGACCGAGGGGCUGCCUCUGUUGCUUACCACUGCCCUCCCAUUCGCCCUCGUCGGAUUGCGCCAAGCCCUGCAAGGACCAUUGCAGCCGACGACGACAACGAGUGCUGGCGAAGAGUCCUCCUCCUCAUCAAAAGCCACAGCUGGGAAUGCUGUGCCACGGAGCCCAAAUGCCCAACUUGAAGUCGAGGACCCGCUUGGACGUCGUAUCCUGCGUCGUCUCGCCUGGACCAGCAUCCUGGUGACGCUGGCCAUGAGCCUGAUUGCCCACAAGGAGGUCCGAUUCUUGUAUCCCAUACUGCCUCUGCUGCACGUGCUGGCCGCGAAGCCAGCAGCGCACUUUUUCCUCUCCCCUCCCGAUGCAAAGUCAGACUCUACGCAAGACGUCUCCGCUUUCCCUCCUUCCAAGCUCACACUCUUCCCUUCGCUCCCCCGCCGCAUCCUCCUCCUUACCCUACUAACUCUCAACACCUCCCUCUCCCUCUUCCUCACCACCACACACAACCAUGCCCCCCUCUCCGUCCUCGACUUCCUCCGCCACCAACACGAAUCCCGCCUCCUCUCCUCCCCAUCCUCGGCAAACCUCACCACCCCCUUCUCCCCCUCCCCCGUCCGCUCCACAGUCGCUUUCUUAAUGCCCUGCCACUCGACGCCCUGGAGAAGCCAUCUCGUCCACCCCACCCUCGACGCCUGGGCCCUCACCUGCGAACCUCCCCUGCAUUUAUCUCCCUCUGAGAGGGAGACGUAUGUCGAUGAAGCGGAUCAGUUCUACGCCGAUCCCAAAGCGUGGAUGCAGCGCAAUAUGGAGCACCCCGUCAUGGUGAGCGCGAGUGGGAGUAGGAGUGGUCGGCAUUGGAGCAAUUUGGAGCCUGCGAAGAGGGAUAUUGGGGGGAAGAGGAGGAAGUGGCCCCUCAUUUUGGUCUUCUUUGGGCAGUUGGAGGGGGAGGUGAGGGAGGUGUUGGGGGGAAGUCGGUAUAGGGAGUGUUGGAGGAGUGGGGCCGGGGUAUGGGAGGGGGGUUGGAGCGAGGAUUGGAGGCGGAGGGGCGGUGUGGUUGUGUGGUGUUUGGAGUAGAUACAGUAAUCGAUCUAGUACGAGGGAGUGUAUCUGUACGAUACUAAGGGGGAAAGAAAGGGAGGUGGUAUAAAUAGCGAUGUAUGCAUGCGAUUACAAGUUGUAUGUAUAGAAUGCCGAUACCGUGG